AUGGAUGCAGCUGAUGACCGGGAAGUUAAGCUCCAGCGAGCAUCGGGGGACCUUGUCAAGGAGUUCUUGGAUAAGCUGCCUUCUUUGCUGUGGAAACCACAAAAUGCUCAGAAACACGCCCAAGUCCCCCGGAGAUGGACCUUGGCCUCGAAAACAGAGCGGCUCGUCAACCUUUUGGAGCCGUUUCAGGAAUGGCCGCAGUUGCUUGACCCGCACCUGCAAUCACUUUUGCCUCCGCUUGUCGAUGCUCUGUUGGCCUACUUACUAACCCACCGGGGCCAAUAUGCUAGUGCAAAGGCCAAGCAGCAGUCAAAGGCCCUGUACCCCCUACCGAGGGCUGUUUGCAGGCUUCUCUAUACCUUUUGUAAGGUUCGAGGUGUUAAGGUCAUCAGUAGGUUCCUGAACAAUGAGCCAAAAUAUUUUGAUCCUCUGCUACGGGCCUUCAUUGAUUGGGACGCCGCUCAACCGGAUGACGCUUCUGAAGACAUACCGCGUCGGCUUGUCUGGGAAGAGCGCUAUGUGCUGCUCAUUUGGCUCUCGCACUUAUUGCUGGCCCCGUUCGAUCUGUCUUCCAUGUCGUCCAAUGAUAUGCCGGUGCCAAAUCAGGACAAUGAAUUGGUCAGAAGUUUGUCGCCAGAAACGCCAGCAGUAGCCAGAUCACUUCUCUCCGUAGCUUUGACAUAUGUCAAUGUGGCGGGCAAGGAGCGUGAAGCUGCGACGAUGCUUCUCGCGCGACUUGCUCUGCGUCGGGAUAUGCAAGCCUUGGGCCUCUUGAAAAGCCUCACCUACUGGGCAUUCACUGUUAUUCAUCCACCUGCGGGUACAGAGCCGUCUGCUGUUUACGCAUACCUCGGAGUGCUAUCUUUCCUUGCGCGUUUGACUGGAUCCGGCCAAGCUGAGGACCUUGCGCCACUCGUUGUUCCUUUGUUUCAGCAGAUUAUGCGUCUUGUACAAGGUGAUACCCAAGUCUCAAAAAUUAUUUUGUCGUCUGCUCUAGCUCGAAAAACUAUGAUCAAGAUCGUUCGGUCGAUCACUGUCAUGGCGCUUUCGCUUAGCGAGAGAAGCAGCAGUCCACUAUCCGAUGACCAAGUGUCCUAUACUUUGGAGGAAACCAUAAAUCAUUGCUUAAAUGCUCUGGCAGACAAGGAUACGCCUAUACGGUUCGCCGCAAGCAAGUCACUGAGUAUAGUGACCUUGAAAUUGGACCCGGACAUGGCAACAGAGGUCAUUGAAGCGGUUACUGGAUCACUUGAGGAGAAUAUUUUAUACGAGACAAGACAGGGUAAGAUUAUCACGCCGUCUGAGGCAAGGCGAGUCGGAACAAGCACACUGAAGCGGAAUCUAAGCGCGGUCGACGCUCAGAGAUGGCAGGGUUUGAUUCUCACUCUAGGCCAUUUGCUAUUUCGGCACGCGCCCCCAGCUCAGCAGCUGCCUAAUGUACUGCAGCCGCUUGUGUCGGGGCUGGACUUUGAGCAAAGAUCUUCAACUGGUACCUCCGUCGGAACUGGAGUUCGAGAUGCCGCGUGCUUUGGUAUAUGGGCGAUAUCACGGAAAUAUACAACUCAAGAACUCCUUGCAAUAAAUCGGCAGGCAAUCCAUUCGUCUGUCGCUCAGGAUGAGGUGAGCAUUCUUCAGAUGCUUGCUAUUGAGCUUGUCUGUGCUGCGUGUGUGGACCCAUCUAGCAAUAUCCGAAGGGGUGCUUCUGCUGCGCUGCAGGAGCUCAUCGGUCGUCACCCAAAUACCAUCGUGGAGGGCAUAUCACUUGUACAGGCAGUGGAUUAUCAUUCGGUAGCACGACGUUCAAGGGCUAUGGUCGAUGUUGCAAAGGCAACUGUUGCUCUUAGUUCCCUGUACUGGAGUCCCCUUGUCGAGUCUUUAAUGCAAUGGAGGGGCAUUGGGUCAGCCGACGCUGAGUCUAGAAGGCACGCAGCAAGGGCACUUGGACUUCUGAGUACUCAAAAAGCCAACAAGUCCGUGCUCAUCGUCCUUCAAAAACUAUGGGUCAAACUCCAUAGUAUUCCUCGCAGUGAUACUGAGACGCGUCACGGAUGUUUGCUUGCUAUAGCAUCCGUUAUAGAUGCCUUCAGGACUAUGGACACAGAAGGGCUUAAAGAAGCUAAAGAUGAUGCCCUUGAAGUGGCGAAGCAAAUAUCUAAGCUCUGGGAAAUUUUCAAUCUGCCUGUUGGGCCCAAAAAAGACGACUUGAUUCUUCAAGCUUCCCGCCCAGAGCUCACUGCCGAGGCAUCGUCGUGUCUGAUUUCGUCGCUUUCUCAAUCAUCAGCUCGCAUUGAAGAGCUUACAGGUUCCGUACCUCCGUCUGACCUACUCGGAGAAGCGUGCAGAACGCUUAUGCUCUGCCUCUCGCGGAGUGAUGAAAUCUCAAUAGAGGCAUCGUCAGAAGCAAUCUCGCAGCUAUGGCUCCUUCUACCGUCCACAAAAAAGGCUGAAAUCUUGCAGACAUGGUUCUCACAUAUUCGUGUAACUCGAAACUUGCCGACAGGUCGUGGUCAAAUCUCUUCUCUAGGUUCAAUCUUUACCAAACUUACUGCUACCGACCUUACCCGAUGGUCUGUCAUUGAAGAGCUGAUUUGUUGUGCUGAGAAAGAAGAAUUGAUUGAGAAACGAGUAGCGGCCAUCAAGAGCUUCACUAUUGGAGUUCUGCCCCACAUAGAUGUGACUGAGAAUAUAGCUCAGAGUCUCGUUGGUUUCCUGAAUGAUUAUACAACCGAUAGGCGUGGUGAUAUUGGGUCAUUGGUUAGAUUGGAAGGCAUUCAGGCAGCAAAAGUCGUUCUUCAGAGAAAGACCAGCGUUACGAAUCCAUGCCACAUUCAGGACAUUGUCGGUUGCCUCUGCCGUCUUGCAGCAGAGAAACUGGAUAAGGUUCGUUUUGAAGCCUGGCUUUGUCUCCAAAUUUUCUGGGAGACUGCCAGUAACUUCCCGUCGUUGUCAAGGCGAUAUGAACACUUUAGUCAAGUAUCCACAACCGAGUACUUCGCUCAACUACUAGAACUACAGGCGAUAGAUUGGCUGCGACUGCCCCUAUUCCAAGGCAUGGCUACCUCCGCUGUGGCAGGGGCCGAGGGCCUCAUACGUUCCACGCGUUCAGCGUUGAUACAAUAUAUCAAUAACCAUCCGGCAGAACGACACCCAGAGAUAGCGAAUGCUAUUAUUGACGACUUACUUCUGGCCUUGAGCGAAAAACUCACCGAUGAACGCUACGCAAUACCAAUCCUGGAGACAGUGGCAUUUUUGCUAGAUGGCUAUGUAGCUCUGAGAAAGCUGUUCGUCCUAGUUCAGAAAGCCCAUUUCAAAACUUCGAGUAUAGCCAAGCUUGAGGCUGCCAUUCGAGCAUAUGCACCUCUCUCGAGACUCGACCAGGUACGAGCUGGCGUCUUGAAGAAGCUUACAGGAAUGCUUCUGCAUCCGUUCCCAAGGGUCCGAGCCACGACAGCCGAAUAUCUUUUCAUGGAAACAGAGCUCGAACUACUAAAACUGGAAGACUGGACUAAUCAGCCGUCGAAGCUGAAACCCAAAGUGGAGGAGUUAAGAGGGUUCCUGGCUUGUGAAUAA